UGUAAAAUUUUAGGUAUGUAAUCAGCUGGUUUAUGGUGUGGAACCACUUUGUCUUGAGCAGGUGUCUUAAAAGUUUUCUAAUUUUCCACAUGUCCCUGACAACACCACCUUUAAACUACUCCCUUCAGGUCUCUCGCCACCAGGGCGCAAAGUUUAUGCUGGUGGCAACAAAACAAAUAAUGUGCUGCAUUUAACUAAUAAUGCUUCUUCUUCCUUCCAAAGGUAUCCUAAAUGUAAAACCUUUAAAGAAGAGCAACCUCAAUGUCCUUUAAGUGUCGGCAGUGUGGCAAGUGUUUCAGCGAAGCAGGAAGCCUAAGGACUCAUGAAAGAGUUCACACUGGACAAAAGCCUUAUGAAUGUAAACAGUGUGGCAAGUGUUUUCGACAGGUACGACAUCUAAAGGGUCAUGAAAGAGUUCACACUGGGGAAAAGCCUUAUGAAUGUAAGCAGUGUGGCAAGUGUUUUAGUGAAGCAGGACACCUAAGGACUCAUGAAAGAGUUCACACUGGGGAAAAGCCUUAUGAAUGUAAACAGUGUGGCAAGUGUUUUCGACAGGUAGGACAUCUAAAGGGUCAUGAAAGAGUUCACACUGGGGAAAAGCCUUAUGAGUGUAAGCAGUGUGGCAAGUGUUUUAGUGAAGCAGGACACCUAAGGACUCAUGAAAGAGUUCACACUGGGGAAAAGCCUUAUGAAUGUAAACAGUGUGGAAAGUGUUUUAGUGUAGCAGCUACCCUAAGGAAUCAUGAAAGAGUUCACACUGGGGAAAAGCCUUUUGAUUGUAAACAGUGUGGAAAGUGUUUUAGUGUAGCAGCUACCCUAAGGAAUCAUGAAAGAGUUCACACUGGGGAAAAGCCUUUUGAUUGUAAACAGUGUGGCAAGUGUUUUAGUGAAGCAGGAAGCCUAAGGACUCAUGAAAGAGUUCACACUGGGGAAAAGCCUUAUGAAUGUAAACAGUGUGGCAAGUGUUUUAGUCAGGUAGGACACCUAAAGCGUCAUGAAAGGGUUCACACUGGGGAAAAGCCUUAUGAAUGAAAGCAGUGUGGCAAGUGUUUUAGUGUAGCAGGACACCUAAGGACUCAUGAAAGAGUUCACACUGGGGAAAAGCCUUUUGAUUGUAAACAGUGUGGCAAGUGUUUUAGCCGAUCAGGAAGCCUAAGGACUCGUGAAAGAAUUCACACUGGUGAAAAGGCUUACGAAUGUAAACAGUGUGGCAAGUGUCUUAACCAUGUAGUAAACCUGAGGAAUCAUGAAAGAUUCAACACUCAGGAAAGGUCACUUAAAUUUUCCCAGAAAAACAAAUGUCUCUCUAAACGAUUGGAAUCCUGUAAACGGAAGAGAGCAGGAAGUGAAAACGUUGAUGUCAGGGCAACAGGCUUUACUGAGAACCAGGAGACACAGAGAGAAGCUGGAAACACUGGUGUAACAGAUGCACCAUUGGUCAUUAUUGAGAAACACAGCUGUUGGAUUUGUCAAGAGGAGAUGAGUAGUGAGGUUCUUCUUCUUCAACACUAUGAAAACCAUAUGACCCAAGUUUGUUACAAUUAUUCUUGA